AUGGCCUCCUCUACAGUCGUCCACUCUCCCACCUUGUACGUCCCCAACGUCCCCGGAACAAGCAACGUCCGCUUCGCCGAGAAUCGAAUCAUCAGCAAUGCCAAACACACUGCCGUCUUCGACUAUGUGACCACAUGGGCCAACCUCCCGAAAUGGCUCCCAGUUUCCGAAGUGGCCAAAGUCUGGAAAGGCAACGAAGAUGCACCAGCGGAGAUGGGCGAUGUACUGUACGAGGAGAUUAAGGAUAAAACUCGUAGUCCGAAAGUGUAUACAGUCGUGGUCCUCAUCCUAGGCCUUCUCUGGGUCGUCUCUGGCAUUGACGAAGGCGAGACGGUUGUCAAGAGGACGGUGACAUUUUUGACGGCUCCUCCGGACGAUGGGAGAACGUUUUUCAGCCGUGUCUUCCAGGAUGUCAGGCAAUAUGGGCCUGACUUGGACUCGACACGGCUUUCUGUGAUGCAGCCUGCUGCAAUACAGCCUGGGUUGAAGAGGCUGAAGGCUUUGGUGGAAGAAAGAUGGGGAACAUAA